UGAACACAAACCCUCACGCGGUUUCAAGGUAGCGCGAUUCACCGCGAACAACAAUCGCAGUUGUGUUUGGCCACGCACGCCUCACCUCAUGCAGACCUAAUUGAGGCACCAGCCUGGUCGCUGCCUCACGUCAACCUUCUCUCCAUCACAAUGCGCGCUCCCAUUUAGAUCAACUUCUGUCUCAAAACAACAGCUACAAACGCGUCCAUGAUGGCGUCCUUCCUGCCAUCCACCUUCACCACCGGUGAGAGGCGCAAGAAGGUUAUAACAUACGGCAAAUUGUCGCGUCUUCCAUCACGUCGAGCAAGCCUCAACGAAGAUGCGCCUUCCCCCGAACGACCGCAUAAACAUACAGCGGUCUCGGACGGACCACCGGGAGGAUUAGGUGGAGUGACGAAGUCUGUACGAGCUCCGGAAAGUGUGCGCGCACCUACAACAAGCUCGGAUGUGUUCGAUGUGCCCUCCGAAGACGAGUUCGGCUUCCAAUCGACGCCACCUGCGAAACGACUCGUGGUACAGCGUGGCAAGACAGAAGGAGGGCCGCGUGCCAAUAUCGCAAAGGAGACUGCUAGUGUGCCGAUUCGCCCAGCCGUGACAACUUCUCGGCCUCCGCAGAAGUCCAUAGUCGCAAAACCAGCAGAGAGCAGAACAAGAUUGUUGCAGGAGCAGAUCAGAUCGCAGCGACCGGCGCAAGAGAAACACAUACAGCAUAAAGUGCUGCCCACGAGCACAACAUCGCAGACGAAGGCGUCGCAGGCUACAGAAGCUCGAAGGGAAGCUUCUGCGAGCGGGCAGCGUUUACAACGAUCGAACACGUCCUCCAAGAAUAUAUCACGCGCCACGACCCCAGGCCUAUCUAUAAAGCCUGUUCCGAAGCCUCAAUUCGUAAAGACCGCCUCAUCAGCAACUUUGAAGAAGACAGCGAGACCUACCGUCGGGCAGCCUGCGAAUUUAGACGUAUUUGACGUACCGUCAGAUGAUGAGGAAGCAUCCUUGCCGAUUCCUGAGGCGCCCCGGCAAACACCUCGCCAAGUGUCGAAAGGCACAGCGAGGCAACAUGGAGCUUCAAAGGUCCCAUCGUUCGACAUAUCCCAAAAGAUGCCUGUGAAAUCGAGUGAGCUUGGAAACUUGCAGAGUCGAAAGCGGAAGGGCUCUGUGUCUCUUGCGACCGCGCCCAAGUCGGUCACUGAUCGCCAGCAGGAGACACUGAGAACACAACGGGACCGCAAGGUACCUAAGAGGGAAAAUGGAACAUCGCCAGCUCAUGAGUUGGCAAAAGCGCCAGUUCCUAGUUCAGGGCCACAAGCCGCGACCGUAGAAGCUACUAUCAACAAGCCAAGGAGGACGAGAACACGUACAGUGCCAGUCGUUAGUCAACCAGCAAUACUGAAAGGCCAGUCCUCCCCAGCUGUGCUGCAUAAGAUGAUACCCGAUGAGCACGCCCCCAGCAUUCUUCCUGAGGAUAUAGCAUCCGAAAUACCUGCAUCCGACGACACCAUGUACGAUAUACCAGAUUCAAUGACAACACCUGUACGCUCGACACCUCUCCGCAGAACCACGACUUCUACCCCUGAUUCCGUUACACCCCGUCAGAAGGACCUCUUCAGCACACUGUUAGGAGGCUCGACCGCGCCGAAAACCCCAGCUUCUGCACUCGCCUCUCUGCAGCUGACUGACAAGAAGCCGAGGUCGUUGCUCGGUGCUCUCGCCAGAUCAAGAUCCGAUGUCGCCUACAGCAGCCAGUCACGAAAAACUCGACUGAUAGACACACUCAAGGACGAGGACACAAGCUCUGAAGAAGAGGACAGUGGGAGUGAUGAAGAGGCCGACAGCACGAUAACUGCAACGUACGAUGUCGAUGAGGACAAAACACCAAUGCAAGCGAAGCGCACGAUCCUUGAGAGAAACAUCGAAGAUCUGGAUAGGGACAAACCAACCGCAACGGACUCUCAGACAUCGCAGAUGAUCACUGGAGCGGUCACUCGCCCAAAAUUAACGUACGCAACCCAGCGGUCCUAUCUACAAGAAGCGAACCCGGAAGAUGAGUUCCUGAUGUCUAUGGACCUUGACGAUAAUUGGAAGAUGGACUCACAAACCGUUUCCACUGACGACGAAGACGGACCUACGAGUCAGCCACGAACACAUCAUGAGCUCAGGAAAUAUGGGCAGAAUACGAUGUUCUCGUGGGAUAUGGAAGAGUCCAUCCGCGAAAUCUCAGAUGAAUCUAAUAGGAGCGGGCGGCGUAGCGCAAUGAUGGACUUGUGCACUAAGAUGGCUGAUGCAGGCUUUGUUAGUCAGCUCCUCGACUCUGGGUUCAUGCACAAACUCUUCGAACGCAUGACAUCUACAGGCGAUGUUAUCUUCGAUUUCAUCGUGGCCGUCUCGGUUUUGUUUGUCCUUCAAACGAAGCCUGCCUUUGCUGUUGUAGAUCAGAUGUACCGUUCCGGCGUUACGACAACCCUGAUUAACUUGGUCGACAAAGACGCCGACAUGUCGAAGAUCGCACGCGAUCGCAAGUCCAAUAUGUCAAAAAUAGCACAGGAAUCCUUGACCGACUUCCGCACACUAAUACUGGCAGCUAAGGUAUGGUCGUCAACUACACCAGAGAAGGUGUCACCCCAGCUUCUAGCACUUAAGACGAUUGACAUCCUCGUCCGAAAUCUUCGAGAGUCCGGCAGCACAGAGGCAUUGUUAACUCCCGCGGACGUCUCGAAGAUUGUCAACGUAUGUUCGCUGUCCUCCAAACGCAUUGAAGCCUCCAAGUCUUCCGUCCAAGACUGUUUGGCCCUUGAACUGGCAAUCUCAACGUUAGAAACCGUGUCUAUCGCAGAUCAAGACCACUCCACUUGGCCAACCAAGGUCCUUCAACAACUGUCGGAGGCGAGUCCAGUCUUCUUCGGCGACAAUGGCCUCUCGAAGACUGUAGAAGCGAUGAAGCUUUGCAUGAAUCUCACCAACAACAAGCCCAAGGCCUGUCAACCAUUCUCAACUCAGACCUUCGUACAGUCUCUGAUUCGCUUCAUCGUUGCUCGUUUCGACCUGCUGCAUACUGGCGGAUUAGACUCAGAACGUCGGACUCGGGUGUUGGCCGCUUUGACUCUCAGUCUGGGUGCGAUGAUCAACCUCGCUGAGCUCAGCGACCAGGCACGACUCAACGCCAUCAACGACGUAAACUCUAUCGAGGUGCUAGUAAAGACCUUUGUGGUGGGCUCAGAACGAGCGGCUGAGGCGAACUCCGUUGAAGAGUCCGAGAUCAGUGUAGUGAUCGGUUUCCUCACGGUGCUCUUGGGCAACCUGUGCCUCAAUAGCACCGUCCGAUCUAUACUUCGAAGCUCGCUUCCUGGGCAGCAGCUCGAUCUGUUGCUGGAGAAGAUGAAAGAGUUCGCACUGAUUCAUGAGCAUGUCGACAAGCGAACAGCAAGCCGCUUCGAGGGAUCCGAAGGACAGGAAACUCUGAACAAUUACUAUAUACGAAUUAUGCACGUGGUGAAGAAGUUGGAAAGCGCGAAAGCAUAAUGGCUGAUAUUGGUGGUUUGAUGCACUGCUGCAUGGCAGUCAAACACAUGGAUUACGAAUCUCCUUUGCGUUUCUGGAUACUGUUUACAGCAUGAUACCCAAGGGUUAUGGAAUUGCAGCGACUGCCGGUAUGGGCAUUUGAUAUCACGUACGUGUUCCCCCGAGAUAUGGUUCAAGAGUAUGGUCAGGCCAUAGACUAUAAACAAGUAUUUGGAUGUACACAAGUUAGUCAGACUACCUG